UAUAUUGGAGGAAACAAAGUUGCAUGCCGUUUCAGUAUAGAUGAAGAUGUCAGAUUGUGAUAUACAGCCUAUUGUUUCUGCAAUUGCGUUGUAACAAAACACCAUGUGCAAUGUAAGACCAUUAGCACAAAUACUUCCUAAAUGCUACUCUUACUUCUCUAUUAAUUUACUUUACAAUUUCGGCAAUGAGCUACAUCGAUCAGUUAUACAGAUGCGUCAUUUAUGGAGAAAUGCAAUUUUCAUUUCUGUAUAACAAAGAUUCUUUCUCAAAAACUGUGUGAAGUGUGUCUUCUGUCCUGAUGAAUAAAGCAAACAGAAAUCUGCAAAUGAGUUGGGGAGAUUUGUCUGGGAUACGGUACACUUGCACGAUUAAUGUCUAAGUAAAUGAGACGUGGAGACUUUUCCGAUAUAUCCCAGUACUCUUUCGUUCUUAUUUGGAAGAUAACAGUUAUAUUAUAGGACAGGCAACUUUGCACUUUAAAAAAACAAGCAGACAUAUAAUAUUGUUGGUAAUUCGAAAAUUAGAUUUAAUUUUGAUUGUAGAAUAACUAUUGCAAUAUAUCAUGAAAGUAUAUAGAAGAUAUCAGAAUAGAGCUUAUAUAAUCAGACAGGAGAAGUUUACAGUGUCAUGAAAGUCUUUAUAGCUUCUGUUGUAGUUAGUUACUCAUUCACUUGCAUCAACCCAUUUUCAUUAAGAAAAGACAAUAAUGAGUGUAUAUCUCAAAUGCUGCGAGGAAUUUCGUGAACGGAAAAAUAUUGCAGUUGGUGGGGUGUAUUUAAAAAUGGUUGAUACCUCAAGUAUUUUUCUUUUUAGGAAAUCAAAUGGUUUUGAUGAUAUGAACAACUGCACAACUGCCACCGUAUUAGAAACAGCAAUGAAUAAAACUGAUGAGAUAAAUGCUGGCUACAUUCCAAAAGGUUACAGUGUUCCACAUAUCAUUUUGACAUCUAUUCUGUUAUCUAUAAUAAUGUUCGUGAUCGUGUUUGGAAAUCUUCUUGUUGUUGUUGCAAUUUUCACUGACAAAACGCUUAAAACAACACAAAACUGGUUCAUUGCUUCGCUUGCAGUAGCAGACUUCCUGCUAGGUUUAGUGAUAAUGCCAUUUUCGUUAGCUAACGAAAUGAUGGGUUACUGGUAUUUUGGAACAGUAUGGUGUGAUCUAUGGAAAGCCAUAGAUGUGUUACUUUGUACAGCCUCAAUACUGAGUAUUUGUCUAAUAAGCCUCGAUCGGUAUUGGUCGAUUACCCGGGCUAUUACAUAUUCACGGACAAGAACUCCAAAGAAAGCUUCCUUAAUGAUAGCGGCAAUUUGGUUUUUAUCGGCUAUUAUUUGCGUCCCACCGUUAAUAGGUUGGAAGAAUCCUCUACCUGUAACAGACUAUCCCUUGUGCCUUCUUAGCGAUGAUAUCGGCUACGUACUGUAUUCAACAAUGGGAUCUUUCUACAUUCCGUGUGUGAUUAUGGUAUUUGUGUACUUUAAGAUAUAUCGUGCAGCCAAACGCCUUGCAAGAAAAAAUAUACAAAAGAAAAGAAAUAAGAAACAGAUGCCAGAGAUAAAAGAGGAUAUGAACACGCAAUUCAAUUCCAUGGAUGCAGAAAGUUCUGUUCGGAUAACUCCCGAAAAUGAACGCAAACCUGUAAUGAUAAAACCUCGGUUGGAAAGUCUCAAGGAAAACGAGUACGAUUCAAUAAUGUCAAAUGACAAAGAACUUCAGGUGCGGCAGAAUUUCAGGACAGACUUUGAAAUAUCAAAAGAGGAUAAAACCUAUAACAUGAAAGAAUCUAAGGUGGCAAAGCGACAAGACUCGACGAGCUCUGAACUAACAAGAAAUAACAGCUCUGACUCCGCAAAAAGUCAAACGUGCAAACAUUCCGAAGAACAAGCUUUUAAACAGGAACCGAGAAGAAUAAGCAUGCAAAAGAUAAGUGAGAAAUUCUCAAAGAAAAGACAUCGCUCAAAUGGAAAUAAAAGUUCAAAAGGCUGGCGGGCAGCUUCUUUACGUGAACAUGAGCGUCAAAAACGAAAAAUAGCCAAAGCUCGUGAAAGAAGAGCAACUAUUGUUCUUGGUUUAGUUAUGGCGGCUUUUAUUCUGUGCUGGUGCCCUUUCUUCACCCUAUAUAUAAUUACAUCAUUUUGUUACUGUGUAGGAGAAAUUGUAUUCACAGUGGUCUUCUGGGCAGGCUAUUGUAAUUCAGCACUGAAUCCAAUUAUUUACACUGUCUUCAAUCGUGAUUUCAGACAUGCCUUUCACAGAAUUAUCUGCAAAAACGGCCUACGAUGCCCUUAAUACGACAGUUAUGAGCAUUUAUUACGGCGUGGUUGUACGUGAUAUUAGUCUUGCAUGAGCAGGGAUUUUGCAAAGAGAAGCAGACCAAUUAGGAAAUUCAAAUGAAGCUAUAUAUGAUAAGUAACGUGAAACAAAAGGUGCACCUCUGUUUAAUUUUCGAAGUUUCCGUUAUUUUGCAGAUUCAUAGUAUAUCAUGUUUUGAGAAUAUAAAUGUAAAGACAAAUGAACAAUCUGAUUUAAAUGAUAGAAAAAAUAAAGGAAUAUGUGCUAUUGAACCAAAAUCUUUUGCUUACGUAGUCCGUUUCAACAUGACGACACAUCCGUGCGGAACAUAGACAACGUGGCGUCUUUCCGAGAACGCAUCUGCCGUUGGACACACACAAACAGAAUAUCAAGAUUUAUUUUUAUAUUUCAAUAAUAUGUUCAAUGUAUGUGUUGUAAAUCUUAUAAAAUGUGUAUAUGUAAAUAUGCUGUUUUUUUCGUUUUCAACCGAUCAGUUUUAUGACUGGCAAAAGAUUGGUAUUUCCAUGAAUAUAAUCAUCUUAAUGACUAAACUGUUCUGAUUGAUGGAUAUUUGAACAAACUCGUCAGAAUGUGAGGAUACGUGAACCCCUGUGCUGUUGUCUGUAGAAUUCUGAA